AGGUGGUGGGUUCACAGCUCCAUUGGAGUUGGAAGGUUUUGGGAGUCCUGCGAAUGGUGGUUUUGUCGGGAACAGAGCUAAAGUUCUGAAGCCUCUAGAGGUGUUAGCAUCGUCUGGUGCACAGCCUACUCUGUUCCAGAAACGUGCAGCUAUGCGUCAGAGCUCUGGAAGCAAAAUGGGAAACUCGGAGAGCUCGGGGAUGAGGAGGUUGAGUGAUGAUGGGGAUAUGGAUGAGACUGGGAUUGAGGUUUCAGGGUUGAAUUAUGAGUCUGAUGAGCUAAACGAGAGCGGGAAAGCUGCUGAGAGUGUUCAGAUUGGAGGAGGAAAGGGUAAGAAGAAAGGCAUGCCUGCUAAGAAUCUGAUGGCUGAGAGGAGAAGGAGGAAGAAGCUUAAUGAUAGGCUUUAUAUGCUUAGAUCAGUUGUCCCCAAGAUCAGCAAAAUGGAUAGAGCAUCAAUACUUGGAGAUGCAAUUGAUUAUCUGAAGGAACUUUUACAAAGGAUCAAUGAUCUUCACAACGAACUUGAAUCAACUCCUCCUGGAACUUUGCCUCCAACUUCAUCAAGCUUCCAUCCAUUAACGCCUACACCGCAGACUCUUUCUUGUCGUGUCAAGGAAGAGUUAUGUCCCUCUUCUUUGCCAAGUCCUAAAGGCCAGCAAGCAAGAGUUGAGGUUAGAUUAAGGGAAGGAAGAGCAGUGAACAUUCAUAUGUUCUGUGGUCGUAGACCAGGUCUUUUACUUGCUACCAUGAAAGCUUUGGAUAAUCUUGGAUUAGAUGUUCAGCAAGCCGUGAUUAGCUGUUUCAACGGGUUUGCUUUGGAUGUUUUCCGCGCUGAGCAAUGCCAAGAAGGACAGGAGAUAUUACCUGAUCAAAUCAAAGCAGUGCUUUUCGAUACAGCAGGCUAUGCUGGUAUGAUCUGAUCGAGUCCAUUGAGCAUCUGUUGAACCGAAGCUAGAAGAACUAAAAGUCCCUUUUAAAUCUGCAAUUUUCAUCUCAGUAUUUUUUUUCUUUUUCUUUUUCUUCUUAACUUCAGUUUAAGCAUGUAAUGCAAUUGCAAAUGAGAGUUGUUUUAAUUUAAGCUUUUGAGAACUCAACUUCUUUUUA